GCCAUCCAUCCCUGCUACAUUUAGCAAAAAGAAACUCAAUGUCUCUUCAAAAUUUCUUCAAAUUUCUCAAGCAAACAUCAGUUAAAGAAAGGCGAAUAAAACCUUCAGCACUUCCGGAGGGACUACGUCGUCAAUUUUCACUAGCUGAGCUCAAAGCUGCCACCAACAAUUUUCAUCAUGAUUUGAAAAUCGGUGAAGGUGGUUUUGGCCCAGUAUACAAGGGCCUCCUUGAUGGCGGCUCUUUGGUUGUCGCUGUCAAACGUUUCUCUAGAACAUCGAGACAAGCAGUUGAAGUGUUCCGAAUUGAGGUACAGGUACUCUGCCAGCUGCGCCACCAGAAUCUUGUCUCUCUCCUCGGGUUUUGUCACGAGAAGGAUGAGGGGAUCCUUGUGCUAGAGAUAUGCAUUGGGGCAACGCGUGGAUUACACUACCUUCACACAAGUGCAAAGUAUGCACUAAUUCACCGCGAUGUCAGCCCUCUUAAUAUUCUUCUGGACGAAAAUUGGGAUGCUAAGCUUUCAGAUUUUGGGUAUAUUGCUCCAGAGUACCUGAUUCAUGGUGAAUUAAGUGAGAAACAUGAUGUGUACUCACUGGGUAUCGCUCUGUUGGAAGUAUUGUGUGGUAGAAAUUCUGAUAUGGGUUUGAUUUCAGUGAUCAUUGAAUGCAUCAAAGAUGGCCAUGUUCAUGUUGUGAUUGAUCCAUUUCUGAAAGGGAAGAUAGCACCGGUGUCUUUGAUAGAAUACGUCGAGAUCGCUCUCAAUUGUGUAUAUGCAGAUCCAAAUGAACGGCCUUCAAUGGGAGAAGUUGAGGUAACCUUAGAACUUGCAUUGGAGCUGCAGGAGAAAGCCGACUUGGUUAUCAAGGCUGACAAUCCAUAUGCUGUUUACGCCUACGAAGAUGUAUCAUUCCGUGUUUCUGUUGAAAAAAUCAUCGCCUACUAGCUACCCAACAGUUAUACUGGAGAAUUGGAUGCUAGUUUUUACUGCUUUGACUGCAAUGGCAAACUUGAAAGAAUUAGGCCAGCAAGAUCAGCUAUUUUAAAUGAUAAAAUACAUUUAUUUCA